GAAUGGCUCACCCAGAUGGAGAGCAAGGUCUCUCAAAAUGGAGACAUCAGCAUCGAGGAGAUGAUCAACAAGCUGUGCAAGGACUACCAGGAGGAGAUAGUUGUGGUCCAGGAGAACAAGCAGCAGUUGCAGGUGAUCGGGGAGCGAUUGGCCAGGGCCAGCCACGAGAGCAAGGCUGCAGAGAUACAACACAAACUCAGCAAGGUCAGUGAGCGCUGGCAACACCUGUUGGACCUCAUCACUGCCAGGAUUGAGGAGAUGUGGAGGCUGUGGCAGAAGUUUCUGGAUGACUUCUCUCGGUUCGAGGAGUGGCUGAAGAACUCAGAGAGGACAGCUGCUCUUCCCAACUCUUCUGGAGUUCUAUACACCAUUGCCAAGGAGGAGCUCAAGAAGUUUGAGGCAUUCCAGAGGCAGGUGCAGGAGUGUCUGACCCAGCUGGAGCUGAUAAAUAAGCAGUAUCGUCGUCUGGCCAGAGAGGAUCGCACAGAUUCCACCUGUCGCCUCCGAGAAAUGGUGCAUGAUGGGAACCGUCGCUGGGACAACCUACAAAAGAGGGUGGCCUCCAUCCUGCGCAGGCUCAAGCACUUUAUUGGUCAGAGGGAGGAGUUUGAGACAGCUAGAGACAGCAUCUUGGUGUGGCUCACUGAGAUGGACCUGCAGCUCACCAACAUAGAACACUUCUCAGAGUGUGACGUCCAGGCCAAGAUCAAACAGCUAAGGGCAUUCCAGCAGGAGAUCUUUCUGAACACAGGGAAGAUUGAGCUGGUGUUCAGGCAGGGGGAGGCACUGAUAGAGAAGGGUGAGCCGCUGGAUGCUGCUGUCGACAGAUACUACAAGAAGCUCACACGCCUGCCUCUUGCCGAAGACGAGCUAGACUACUCUGACCGAGAACUGGACAUGGAUGAGUCGUCUGACCUCUCUGACUUGCAGUGGGGUGACUCCUCUCUUCCACACCCCUUCAGCUGCCCCACCUUGGGCUCUGUACUCCCCCUACGGGUGGACCGUUCGGGCCGGGACACCCCAGCCAGCAUGGACUCUAUCCCCCUGGAGUGGGACCACGACUACGACCUGAGCCGAGGGCUGGAGAGUGCUGGGGGGCGAAGUCUGGGGCCAGAGAGGGGUCAAGGACAGAAGCUGGAGGAGGAGUACCUCAGGACGGCUGCCGCUGUGUUAAAGGCCAUGGACGGUUGCAAGUCCCAGGUCCUGUCAAUUAACCUCAGAAGCGCUGACUUCCUCCAAUCAGAGCCCAACUCAGCUGACUCAGAGGAGGCGUGUGAGCUGAGGGGCGGGCUGAAGGAGAUUAACUCACGCUGGGAUUGGCUGGCCUCAUCACAAGAGGACUGGAGGGCAGAGCUACAGAGGGCCCUGGUGCAGUGUCAGGAGUUCUAUGAGCUGAGCCACAGUCUGAUACACUACGUGCUCACAACAGAACACUCACGUUACUUUCCACUUCAAAACAUAGAGAAUCAUAGAACUGUGAUGUAUGAAAGGGACAUCAUGAUGUAAAGGGACAUGAUUUGAUUGAACUUCAUAUCUAAA